UCCAUGCUACAAAACAUGAAAGAGAACAAAGAUCACAUAGUCCUUUUCCCUUUCAUGGCACAAGGCCACAUAAUCCCUUUCUUAGCCUUAGCUUUCAAGAUUAUCCAAAAGGGUUAUCAAAUCACCUUCAUAAACACACCAUUAAACAUCAAGAAACUCAAAUCAUCACUCCAAAAAAACCAUUCAAUUCAGUUUCUUGAAAUACCUUUUAACAGUACUGAACAUGGUCUUCCACCAGAUACUGAAAUAACUGAUUCUUUACCUUACAAUCUUGCUUUCAAACUUGAAGUUUCUCCUUCACUUGAACCAAACUUUAGAAAAAUUCUUAGUGAUCUUGUUGAUGUAAAGAUUGGUUAUUUCAAGAUACCACCAAUUUGUGUUAUAGCAGAUUUCUUUUUUGGAUGGUCAGCUAAGGUAACUCAUGAAUUUGGUAUUUUUCAUACUAUUUUUGUUGGUGCUGGUGGAUUUGGAUUAGCUUGUUAUUACUCUAUGUGGUUAAAUUUACCUCAUAGACAUACAGAUAAACUUGAGUUUAUGUUGCCUGAUUUUCAAGAAGCUGGAAAAUUUCAUGUUACACAAUUGUCACCUAGUUUAGCUAUAGCUGAUGGAAAUGACCCUUAUUCAAAUUUCCAGCUGAAAAAUCUUCCAACUUGGGAAAAUUCAGAUGGGGUUCUUUUUAAUACAGUUGAAGAGUUUGAAACAAUGGCGUUGAUGUAUUUUAGAAGGAAAUUAUGUAUACCAAUUUGGGCAAUAGGACCAAUACUUUUUCAAGAAAAUGACAGAGUAAGUACUCCUAGGAAAGAACCAGGACUUCCCUUAGAAAAAUGUAAAGAAUGGUUAGAUAGAAAAGAAAAAGAAUCAGUUCUUUACAUAUGUUUUGGUUCACAAAACACAAUCUCAGCAUCCCAAAUGGUGCAAUUAGCAAAAGCAUUGGAUGGUCUUGAAAUAAAUUUCAUUUGGGUAGUUAGACCACCUUUAGGAUUUGAUGUAAAUGCUGAUUUUAAACCAGAAGAAUGGUUACCAGAAGGGUUUAUUCAAAAAAAUCAAGAAAAUGAACAAAGAGGACUAAUAGUGUUAAAUUGGGCUCCACAAGUUGAAAUCUUGGUUCAUGAAUCAACAGGUGGAUUUUUAAGUAAUUGUGGUUGGAAUUCAGUUCUUGAAUCACUAAUUAAUGGGGUACCAUUAAUUGGAUGGCCAAUGGCAGCUGAUCAGUUUUUUAAUGCUAAGUUCUUGGAAGAAGAAGUUGGUGUUUGUGUGGAAAUGGCUAGAGGGACAACAUUUGAUGUAAGUUAUGGGGACAUAAUUGAAAAGAUUGAGUUAGUUAUGGGUACUGAAAGUGAAAAGGGGAAAAGAUUAAGGGGUAAAGCUUGUGAAGUUAAAGAAAUGAUUAAAGAUGCUGCUAGAGAUGAGGAUGAUUACAAAGGGUCCUCUGUUAGAGCUAUGGAUGAAUUUUUUAAUUUGCUGAUGAAUGAAAGGACAGAGAUUGGGUCAUUAUAAUUGACCUCUUUUGUUAACAAAGAAAAAGAGAAAUCUAGAAGAGAAGUACAACUAUCUUUACUUUAUAUAAGUUUUUUGGAUGUUUCAAGAUUUUGUUUACUUUUGAAAAAGUAAUGUCCAUUAUGAUAUAGGAUGGAAAAGAAAAUUUGUACAAAAAGUUAAGAGUGAGUUGGAAUGGUUGGGUUAAAAUAAUGCAAAGAUACACUUGGUAUGUCGUGAUGUUGUCAGUA